AUGUUCCCUCAGUAUCUGGCAAGCAGCUACUUGCAAUACAAAUCAGACACAGACCAUGUCGCAACCUGGCUAGCCACAACUGCCAAACGAUGCGGAUUUGCUGCCGACCUUUUGACUGCCAGCGAGACUGAACCCUCUCAAAAAGCACCCAAGCUAAAGGGAAGAGCCAGGAUGCUAGCCAAACAAGCCGCCAAAGCCAACAAGCCUACUACCCAGCCUGCAGCCGCCUCCAAACCUCCUGUCUACACCAUUCCUAUCAAGGAGUUCCUUCCCAUGGCUCAGUAUAUCAGCGGUUUCGGUAAACCUCCCAUUAAAGUUCCCAAUAGCUUUGUCCGAAUUCUUGAUCGAGCCAUAGCUUUACGCAAGAAUGUAGGGGAUGCCCUGCGCAGUCAACCAGACGGACAAACCCUUCGAAACCAGGACGAUCGCAUCUCCGAUGAACGACACUCUUUCUUCGUUGGCGUGCUGGAAGGUGUAAGAGAGACGCUCAAGCCACGCAUGUCUGCAGAUGUAAAGGCCAAAGGCUUGGAGACACAGGCUGCCGCAUCUGGGCCUGAGCCUGAGCCUCAGUCACAUCUGAGCAACGUGUUUUCCAGUCUGACGGUGGAAGAUGUAGAUGUGCCGGACUCCAUGGACGAGACACCUGAAAGUUCUACUCCCAACUCUGCCGCUGGUAUUCCUGAGCAAGCUAAACCCACCUACAGAGCUGAAACCAUGAUGGAUCUUGAAGAAGCCUUUGUUGCUCUCACCUGUCUCUUGGCGGACUUUGACUCAGUCCGAACCGUGCUCAAGGAAACGUGGAUCGGGUACAGCGAAGGUCGGUUUGACAUAGUCAGUGCAUCCAUCACAUCCAACACGGCGCUGGAGCUGGCGCGGCGUUUGGAAGAGGAGCAGCAGCAGAUCUUCGCACCUCACGGCGGGUCGCAACAUAUGCUGGAGCUGUACUACUGCGCACAUUCUCUCGGGCAAGGCUAUGACCACGAUUACAGAGAGCGCCCGGAAGAUGACAUCAACUUCGGCAUAUAUGAUUUCUCAUCCACCUUCUACUGGCCAAUCUACCUUAUUCUCAAUAGUUAUUUGGAUGUCCACCAACCAGGUUCGGUCCCUGUAUACAAAUCCGGGACGUACGGACUAUACGACCCUCGUGCCGACCGCUUGAAAAUGUCGAACCGCGAGAAGUGGAAAGAGGAUAAGAUCAUUCUCUCCGAGAUUCUUCCGGAUUUCAGCAUAAUUUCUUUCGACCCGACCCGAUCGCCAACUGACGACGAAUUCACUCGAGGGCUCUGUCUAGCAUUCAAAACAGGCAAGCUCACUCUCGCUGUGCUUUUAGCGGCCCAGGUAUUCCUAGACAUUCACCACAUUCUGCGCGACAACGUCAACCGUGGGUUCCGUGACCUUUGCAGAGUCGCCGCCUCGAGUGUAGCUUCCAUCACAGAAAACUUCAAAUUCCACCAGAAUCUCAAGAUCGAGAAUUGGCCCGCAUCCAACGACCAGGUGUUGAGGCAGUUGGCGAACCACAUCCGAGGCAAUUGUGCUGAUGUCGUUCAAGGGGUCCGCCAACGGGUAGGCUUCCCUCCGGACAUUACUAUUGAGGUAAACCGGCUGCUGAAAAACCACCCCAUAAAAUGCGGACUUGCCGUCUACGACAUCAAGGCCACAUUCUACGAGGCUGGAGUUACAUUCUGCAAUGCCUGGGGGUCUGUCCUUUUCAGCGGCCACUUGUAUAACGCCGUGAGGCAAGAGAAGCUGUCGGAUCAUUACUGGAAAGAUAUGGAGCUGUUGUUCGGACUCCAAGAUGUUCAACACAUGUUUACCGGUGACCAUCCGACCGCUGCAGACCAAUAUUUCCGCCGUUUCUGUCUCGCCAUGGGAUAUUCAGCCAGUAAUUUCGCUCGGAAUCGACGAAGAACCCAUAACGGCACUGCUUCGGUCUCGGCUUCGGCGGCGGGACCACGCGGGUUGGUUAAACAAGCACCUGUUUCACGCAUGUUCAUGCCACGCUACAGUCACGGAGCCGAACGUAUGAACAUGUCGGCGGAGGAUGUCGAGAAGAUCCUGGCCAAGAGUAACUGGCUCGAGGUGGAUGCUGACAACGAUUCAGACGAGGAGCGGAAUAGGGAGGAGGAGAGGGUGCCAGUCACACUGGAGCGACAGUCCAAACCAAGUUCCAAUUCACACCUGAAGAAGAAGUGGGAGACCAGACACCAGCUUAGUGUCGUACAGCUGCUCCGGACUCUCCGGAGCUCGCUGCAGGUCGAGAUCAUUGAGUUCUCGUUCGACUAUUUCAGCAUGCAUCGCAACUGUUGGCGAUUAUUGCGAAAUGUCAAAGAAGCCACCAAAGACCGCAUGCGGCAAAUUUUCGGCUCCGAUUACCUCGACAAGGAGAGCCAACUGCCUUCUGUGGUGGGAUACAUCUUCAUGUACAUGGCACAGGACGACAAGUUGGCCAAGCAGCUUGGGCUGAAGGCUCCGGGCGGCCGAUUCCGCACUGCUUCAAGAGAACUUCUGGAGACGGCGGCCGAGGCCAUUGAUAUCAUGAUCGCUGCCAAAGCUGGGGGGUUCGUAGCAGCCAGAAUGGAGCUUACUUAUGGCGUGGAGUUUGAGAUGGAAGAAGAAUAA